AUGGGGCUCGAGGUGAUUUGGUUUCUGGUCGUGACGGUGUUGGUGGCGAUCAUGUGCUUACGCUGCUGCUGCUAUCUCAGGGACAGCAGACAGGAGCAGCAGCCGGAGCCACCGGAUCCGCCGCCGACGGAGGAGGUCGUUCAGCUGACGGCGCACCGCCCGGGCGGCCAGCGCCACCCUCAGACCCACCCUCAGACCCACCCCCAGCACCACCCUCAGCACCAUCCUCAGCACCAGCCUCAGCACCAUCCCCAGCGCGGACCGGCCUCCAACGGACGGCGGCGGGAUACAGCGCCCUCCGCGCCGCCGGCGGGCGACCUGCCGCCCUCCUACUCCGAGGCCAUGUUACAGGCCGGCGGUGUGCCCUCGUGGACACAGCAGGACACCAUGCCGCCGGCAGCAGCAUCAGCGGGCUUGGCUGGCGACGCCGGCACCUCUGCCGCGCCUACGGCCGCCCAGGAGAUUGGCCGAACGGACGGAGAGCCACCCGGACCGGUGACCUGGUCCUAG